AUGUCCCGGUCUAAGUCCCGAGCUUGGGCACUAAAUAUCCUUAUUCAACGUCUAUAUGAUAAAUCUAAUUAUGCAAUGGAAGUUGUGUUAGUUGAUCAGUUUAAGCAUGUCAUCUUCUGUCUUCUUGUAUACAUGGUCUUCGGGGUCAAGCUCGACGAGGUUCAAAUUAAUCAAAUUAAAGGUUUACAACAUCAAGCACUUUUAGCUACGAUUCAAUUUAAAAUACUUGAUGUUUUUCCAAGAGUUGGAAAAGUAAUUUUCAGAAAUCUUUGGAAAGAGCUUACUACAUUUCGAAAGGAGACCGAGAGUAUGUUUAUACCUCUAAUACAAGUUCGAGUAAAAUACAUAGAAGAAAAAACUAAGGCUGGAGUAGAUAAAAAAGAAGAGGAAAAUGUAGCUUAUGUCGAUACGUUGGUAAAUUUGGAAUUGCCAGAGGAAAAGAGGAAGCUCACUUAUGAAGAGAUGGCCAGUCUCUGCGGUGAGUUCCUUGGUGCAGCCAGCGAUACAACGUUCACCUCCUUGCAAUGGAUUAUGGCCUAUUUGGUCAAGUAUCCUUCCAUUCAAGAAAAGCUAUAUAAGGAAAUAUGUGAAAUUGUAGGAGCACCAGAAUCAAAGGGAGAAAAUAACAAUAAUAAGUUGAUAAAAGAGGAGCAUUUACAGAAAAUGUCAUACUUAAAAGCUGUGAUUUUGGAAGGUCUUAGGAGGCAGACACCAUCUCUCUUUUUGUUACCACAUAGGGUGAGUGAGGAAAUGGAAUUGAACGGCUACGUUAUACCAAAGAAUGCUAGUAUCCAUUUCAUGGUGAGAGAAAUGGGUUUGGACGCAAAGACCACAGGUUUCCAUUUAAAAUGCCAAAUCAAAUUAGCUACAAAAUACUGUAAAUGGAGUAGAGCGAAGCCAUAG